AUGUCGUCUCCCGAAUCCGCUACCGAGAACGAUGAGGCCUUCUGGGAGGAUGACGACCUCUACCUGUCUUCCUUUGGCCGACUCCCCACCGAACCCAUAAUCGCCAAGGAUAGAAUCCAGGCUUUCCGCUUCCUCAGCUACGGAAAAGGGACAAGAUGCGUUAUCACGGAGGAUCUACAGAUGAUGAUUGCUGUCGGGAACCAUAAGGAUCUUAGAGGAUUUGCCAAGGGCUGGUUUCGCGCCCACAGAACCCUAUACAAAGGGGUCUUCGCCAAGUCUGAGGAGCCUGGCUGGGCGCAGCUCGUGCUGGCGGUGGAGCCGGAGAACGAACUUUUCUAUGGCGAAGAUGACGGAGAUAUCGAUAUCGAAGUGCUCGAUUAUGAUAACGACGACUUCGCCCCGUCGGAAGACGGCGAAUACGAAGAGGAUAUGGGGCCCGAUGGACCCAUGGAGGCCUUCAUGGAGACUCUUGACCACGGAGGACGCGACAUGAGGAUGUCUGACGGUGGUGACGGCGACGACGCCGCUAGUGAUUUUAACGGCGAAGAGUCGGUUUUUUGCCAAAACUGUCUCAGCGACAAGCACAUCAUGUCCAAGUGCAGCAAGCCUCUCGACUUCAGCGGGCCACACCUCCUCGGCUGUCCCUUCCAUGGUGUUAUUGAGCACAACGUUGACGAAUGUUCCAUACUCGACCGGGACGUUGGCCUGCUCCUAGUCUUAGAGAUCUUCACCACGUUAGUCUGUCACAGGCGUGGGAAGGCACCUUUCCUAUCAGAGAGGCUUCCCUGGACAAAAGUGGUCCUGAUUGCACGUGCGUGGGGCAUCAACUACGAUGGGCCAUUUCCCUGGUCUGACGAGUUUGCCGAGUCUCAGAGGCCAGAGUAUGAGGACCGAGACGACCGAACAGAGGAGUGGUACGACGCCUGCCCCGAGGUCACGGACCCCGCGACGGCGAACUGGAGCGCUGUGGAGGCGGCUAUCCGAGAUGGCAAGGUUCCAGAUCCUGGCGACAUCACAGAGUGGCUGCCGCCUCCACCAGACAACUGGAGGGCUGUGUUCGGAAGGGGGAUGAGGUCCGCCUCUUGA